AUGAAUUUUGUGGCAUAUGUGAAUCAAUAUGACUUUGUCUACAAUUUGUAUUAUAAAUUUCUUUUGUCAUUUAAAAAAGAAAACGGCACAUUUUCCUUAUUUCAGGGAUAUUCGGUUCGUACCGCACAACCAUCUAACAACAGCUUACAAGGAAAACUGAAGAACCUUGACAAGUCUCUUCGAUUGGCUACUAUCGGACAAAUGUAUGUCACUGUAAACACAUAUGCUUUGAAGGAAAGACUUGUCUUUGACCGAACAGAUAUAACGCUUCUUUGUCAGAUAAAAAAUUUGGUUCAUGAUAAUAUCAAUCCGUUUAUCGGCGUUUGUGCUGAAAAAAAUUCGGAGCUUUAUGUAAUGUGGAGGCACUGUUUUCGCAGUACUCUUGCUGACUUUAUUUUUGAAAACGAAGUACAAGCUGAAAGCACUGGCCUAAGCAGAUCUGCUCGUUUUGAAGAUGAUUUUAGAAGCUCUUUUGUCAGGGACAUUAUUAGAGGUCUUGAUUAUCUUCAUUCUUCAUCGGUCGGGUAUCACGGAUCAUUAACGACGAAUCAUUGUCUGAUCAAUAACCACUGGAUAUUGAAACUAUCUGGUUUUGGUCUGUUGAGAUUGGUCUACAAAUGGAAGAAAAAUGGUACACUCGAAACAGUUGAUCAUUCUCCAAUUAUAAAGAAUUCGGAGAUAUAUUAUUUUGCACCUGAAUUAUUGAAGUGGUUGAGAACGUCGAAAAGUUCAAGUUUACUUAUCACCAAUGUACAAGGUCAAGCUGCUGAUAUGUAUGCAUUUGGGAUUAUUCUCUAUGAAAUGCUCUUUCAUAAACGUUUUGCUGUAAUCAACGAACGUCAUCGAGACAAGAACUGCGACAAGGAGAUUAAAUUUUUUUUAGAAGAGUACGAAGAUAUGGAAAAUGGAAUCUUUGAUGAAACAGCUCAGACACUUAUUCCCACCUACUUGAGCCUGCCAAGUGCUGAAAACAUACAUCCUAACCUUCUUGAGCUGGUUACCAAAUGCUGCAGCAAAACACCGGAACUACGUCCUGACGCAAUACUAACUCGAAAAAUUACUGAUGCUACAUUAAAAAAGACUGGAAGUCUGGUAGAUCAGAUGAUUCGAAACUUGGAAGAGUACACAAACAACCUUGAAGUGAUGGUCGAGCAACGUACAAAACAACUAGAAGAAGAACAACAACAUGCUGAACGAUUGUUGCUUGAGCUGUUACCUAGGUCCGUAGCGAUGGAAUUGAGAGUGGGCCACAAAGUUUCGGCAAAAGUGUACAACUCAGUUACAAUAAUGUACUCUGAUAUUGUUGGUUUUACUUCACUGUGUAGCGAAAGUCUUCCAAUGGAAGUUGUUCGCUUGUUAAACGGAAUCUUUAGGAGAUUUGACAUGAUAAUCUCAAAAAAUCAUUGUUACAAAGUGGAAACUAUCGGCGACGCUUAUAUGGUAUCAGCUGGAAUUCCUGAAGAACAAGAACAUCACGCAUCUCAAAUAGCAAUGACAGCAUUGGAAAUGCGAGAGAAACAUAAACCACAAGUUUUGCUCCGUUACCUUCUCUUAGAUUAUUACUUUGUAAAAUCAGUAGCCAAAGGCGACUUGGUGCAUUUUUAG